CCCCGUCGUCCAGCUUUUCUUGCGGCCUAAUUGCAGCUUGUUGCACCCCUCUCUCCACUGAGGAUGGCAGUGAUGAUGGACGAUAACUUAUGUGAGAUCAAAGAGGCUGUUGGCACCGUGUCAUUACUCCGACUCCAGCUCUCCACGGCCCUCGGCGCUAUGCAUACCUUUCCGGGCUGCGCGCAGCCGGGGAGGCGCUCCGGGUGGGCCCUCACUGACUGAGGUGGGUGUGCGCUUUAAACUGUAUUUAAGCACCGGCUGCUCACACUUUUUGGGGAGUUUUUUACUGUACAUCCACCGACAGCAUGGCUACCGACAAGGAGGCACCUCUGGGCUCCAUAGAGAACCCGAUCAAGUUCUGGGAUCAGGACUUUAAGACUCUCCUGGAAGAGUGUCUGAAGUCGGGACAGCUGUUUGAGGACCCAGCCUUUCCAGCCGAGCAGAAGUCCAUCGGCAUGCCGGAAGAUCCGGAUCCGAACAAGGCAAUCAAGUGGCAGCGACCCAAGGAGAUCAGUGCGAACGCUGUGUUUGUGGAGGGCACGACUGGGACCACUGACAUCUGUCAGGGCCAGCUGGGCAACUGUUGGCUGCUGGCGGCGCUGUCCUGUCUGACCAUGCACCCCACGCUCUUUGUGAAGGUGGUGCCGCCCGGCCAAAGCCUGUCCGAGCCUUAUACGGGGAUCUUCCAUUUUAGGUUCUGGCAGUAUGGUGAGUGGGUGGAGGUGGUUGUGGAUGACAGGCUGCCAGUACGCCAAGGCCGUCUGCUCUUCAGCUACUCUCACACCCGCAACGAGUAUUGGAGCGCCCUGGUGGAGAAGGCCUAUGCCAAGUUAGUUGGAUGCUACGGAAGCCUGAAGGGGGGCAAUAUUUCAGAGGGGAUGGAGGAUUUCACGGGAGGCAUCGCCUACUCGAUGCAGGUCUCAUCUCGUACCCCUCGAGUCCUCUGGAGGUCUCUGACAGCCGCCCUGUCUCGAGGCAGCCUGCUCAGCUGCUUCAUCCAGGCCAGCAGCUACCAUGAGGUCGGUAAAGUGACGGGAGACGGGCUGGUAAAGGGCCACGCUUACGCCAUCACUGACACUGACAAGGUGACGAAAGCGUCAGAUGAGAUUUGGCUGCUGAGGCUUAGGAACCCCUGGGGCUUUGUGGAAUAUCGCGGACCCUGGAGUGACAAGGGUAAAGAGUGGGAUGACGUGGACAAAGCAGAGAAGGAAAGGAUUGAGCUGAAAAAGAAAGAAGAUGGAGAGUUCUGGAUCAGUGCUGAGAAUUUCUCCAGCCUGUUUGACAUAGUGGAGCUCUGCAGCGUGAAUCCGGACACUCUGGUGGAGGGACACACACCCGCCUCUCCUUCCUCUCCUGCCUCCCCGUCCAUCUGGACCAUCAGUGAACAUGAAGGAUUCUGGGUACCUGGGAGCUCUGCUGGUGGUAGCCGCAGAUACAACAAGUCAUUCUGGAAGAAUCCUCAGUUCGAGUUGGUUCUCACAGAGCAGGACAAGCCAGACGACGAGGACGAUGACGAUGACGAGGAUGACGAAGACGACGAGGAUGAUGAGGCGAUGACCCCGGAGGAGAAGCAGAGAGCAGAGAAACAGAAGCAGAAAGCCAAACAGUGCACCGUGCUGGUGGAGCUGCUGCAGAAAAACCGCAGGAGCAAGGAUAAAGUCCACUUCCUCUACAUGGGCUUCCACAUCUAUAAGGUUCCUCCUGAGCUGCGGGGUGUGUGUCUGAGCCGCAACUUCUUCAUGACAAAUCGCCCCGUGGGUCGCUCUGGGAAAUAUAAGGCACAGAGGGGUGUGUGGAGGAAGCUGCAUCUGGACCCGGGUAACUACAUCCUCGUGGCGUCCACCUAUAGACCCAACCAGCCCGGAGAGUUCUUUGUUCGCAUUUUCUCCAAGACUGGAAACACUCUGGGGACUCAGGACUUCACCUGCUCCUCUGGUUUCCUUCAGGUUAUGGCAACUCCCGUCUCACCAGAGGAUCGGGUGAGAGUUCAGAAGACUUUUGAUGCAGAGGCUGGCACGGAUGACAGACUGAACGCCAAGGAGCUCAUGGCGCUGUUCAAUUCAGCCCUUGACAAAGAUUACCAUCUGCCACUGGAGACGUGCAGACAGCUCAUCUUUGGAGAGGAUACUAAAGGGCGCUCCAGCCUCAGCCGUAAACAAACAGAAACCCUGCUGUCCAGUCUGCGCAAUCUGCAGUCCAUCUUCUUCCAGUUCGAUGAGGACUCCUCUGGGACCAUGAGCCCCUUUGAACUCAGUACAGCGCUGCAAGCAGUUGGAAUGCAGUGUGACAGCAAGGUAGUUCGGAUGCUGUCUGAGCGGUUUGCUUCAGGAGAGCUUCACAUGCCCUUCCACAGCUUUGUGUCAUGUGUCACCAGGCUGCGCAAGCUCUUUGCUCUGUAUGAAUCAGAGACCAACCAAGAGGUGAAAGACAGAGGAAUCAACGCUUGGCUGCUUCAGUUCCUGAUGGUAUGAGAUGCUUCAUGAGGAGGGUCCAAACAGACACAGUACGCUGUUGAGUCGAAAGCACAAACUGUAUUUCAAAACUUCUGUGUGUUUCUUAUGAGAGUUUAUGCAUUGCUAUGCCAUUGUUUUAUUUUUGCUUCAUCUCGUACCAUUCUCAUGCUUCUGGCUAUAGCUUUGAUGCUGGUUCAAGGUUCAGUUUUAUUGUUGUUACACAAUGCAGGAUUGCACAAAGAAACACAGUUGUAGUUUCCUCUACAGGACACACACAGAAAAAGUAUAAACAUAUAUUCAGAUAUAUAAAAGUCAUGCUAAAGGAAGAAAUUAAAAGUAAAACUACAUAUAUACACAAAACAUAUCUACAAAUGUGCAUAUACUAUGCAUUACUAUGCUAAUGAUAUGUGUUAUGUAAUGCUAAUCAUUUAAUUGUUAUGUAGUACUGUUAUAUUCCUCCACAUUGAAUAACAUUGAUUUUAUGACAACA